AUGUCGUUUGAUCGCUUGAACUCUCUAGAGGCACAGCCUACAACUUUCCGUCGCUCUGACGAUCCUCAAUAUCGAGAUGAUCCCGAAUUCCAUCGCUUGACUGAGAGUCUCUCCAACCGCCUGUUUACCCUGACCUCCAAUAUCACCCGGCUCUCCGACCAGAUCGCCCUGCUAGGCACAAGGCGGGAUACGGAGCGCGUGCGCGAACGAGUCCAUAAUCUGUUGGAGCAGACUCGCCUGGGAUUUAAGGAUGUCGGAGAGGGAAUCAAGAAGGUCCAAACAUGGGAGGAUGUCAAUCCCUCCCAAAAAUGGACGCAGCAGAAGUUGUCUUCUGAAUUUAAGGCUACACUAGAAGAGUUCCAAACUGUCCAGCGUCGGGCCCUGGAGAAGCAGCGCGCAUCCGCUGUGGCUGCUCGGACUGCCGUGGAAGACGGUGAGACUACGGCCGAGGGGGGUCAUCAUGAGUUGCAGCAAGAGCAACAACUGCUCGAGGAGCAACCCCGGCUGGCAAACCAGGAUGAAGUGGACUUUCAGGAGUCCCUCAUUAUCGAGCGCGAGGCUGAGAUCCGCAACAUCGAGCAGAGCGUCGGCGAACUCAACGAACUGUUUCGGGAUGUAGCUCACAUUGUUCAUGAGCAAGGUGGACAGCUCGACAUUAUCAGCGAGAAUGUUGAAAGGGUCGGCGAUGAUACCCGUGGAGCCAAUGUCGAACUCCGAAGCGCCAGCAGAUACCAGAAGAAUGCGCGGAACAAGGCGUGCUGCCUGCUUGUCAUCCUUGCUGUUAUCCUGCUGAUCAUUGUUCUUGCGGCGACUCUGGGAUAG